AUGUGUUCAGAAAAUGUGAAAAUAGUUGAAGUAUUAACUAGAAAUUUUAAAAAUUACGAAACAUUACGGGAAAAAAUUGGCGAUGUAAAUACAAUAUUAUACGAUUUCGGAGAAUAUCAGAAAGUUGUCGAUGGACAAAAAACGUUGGAUGAGGCAAUUAAAGUAAGUUAAUUUCCCUCGUUUUUUACCGUCGUUCACACAGACAAGUUUUUAGCACAACGGAAGGAAGCUUGUAUUGCGAUUAAUGAUUCAGAAAGUCGAUGAAGUUGAAAUGGAUGAAAAUGUUGCGGUUAAAACAAGAAAAGUUAUUAAAGUGCACGAUGAAAUGGAUACAAACUCACUAUUAAUUGGACUAACGAAAGUAAGAUUUGUAGGCGGGCGAUUUUCCAUUAUGCAAAAAUUUUAGAAAUGUUAAAAAUGAUCACCACAAAUGCAACUCACGUGAAUAAAAUGCUUCUUAAAUAAUUGAUUAAUUCUUCGCCGAAAAAUUAUUUUCAUAGCGUGAAAUAGAAAAUGCCAGUUUUGAAAUUGAUUCUAUUGAGGAAAAAGUCAAUCAAAUACAGAACAUGUAGCCGCUUAAGCAGAGAAACUUGCCUUGAAAAGUGAGAGAAAAAUUAGAAAAAUGAAAAUUUCAAAUUUGCAAAUGAACAAAUUAUGAAACGCGCGCAACCCUGCAGAUCUAACAUGUCUCGCAACGAAACACACAAUUAUCAUUGUGUACCUUGAUAAGAUUACUGUGUUUUUGCAUUAUUUUUUUUUUUUGAAAUUUCAAAAAUUUUGAAACUUUUUAAAUUUUGAAACUUUUUAAAAAGAUAAACUAAAAAUAUAAUUUUCAGAUCGAUCUAGUGAGUAAUGAUGGAACAAUAUGCGGGAAAUCCUAUCGAGUACCAAGCAAUACGAGCAGAUAUUCUGAAAAACUCAUGAGUGCGCCCAAAAAGUAUAAAAUUGGAAAGAAAUUAGGAGAAGGAACUCUAGGAAAAGUGUAUAUUGCUGAAGGAAAUAAAGGUGGAACCUAUGCUGCUAAAAUUAUUCAGAAGAAUGGUCGAAAACUACCACAAGAAGCAGAUGUACAAUAUUUGAGUGAGUAUUUUUGAAUUAAUUUUUUACAAAACUGAUAAAUAACAAACAUUUCAGAACUUCUUCAUCAUAAACGUAUUGUUGAAUAUAUGUAUAUAAUUGAACCUGUAAAUUCGAAUGAAAUUCAUAUUUUAAUGGAAUAUAUGUAUUCUGGUUCAUUGAAAGAUUAUAUCGAAAAGAAUGCACCGCUUCAUAAUGAACUUGUGAAAUGUUAUAUAAAGCAGGUAAACAACUUUUGAAAAUGCAUUUCAAUUAUCCAAAAAAGCAAAGUUUUAGAUUGCGGAGGGUUUGGAUUUUCUACACAACAAAAAUAUAAUUCAUCAAGAUUUGAAACCUGCAAAUCUUCUUCUGAAAAACACCCACGAAGAAAGAUUGAUAAAAAUUGCUGAUUUCGGAUCAAGUAAAUUCGACACACUUCGAACAAAAUCUGGACAACAAGGAAGAACUCCAAAAUACACAGCGCCUGAAGUGACAAAUGGAAAAGAAUUAGCUGGAAGAAGAAGUGAUAUUUGGAGUUUUGGGGUUAUUGUGAUUGAGAUGUUUAGUGGAAUUUAUCCAUGGAAUAUUGAUGGAGAACAUCCAUUUAUUGUUGCAAAAAUUUUAGAAGAACAAGAACCAAGAAUUAUUGUAAGUUAUCUUUUUAUUUGUAUUGAAAAAUAUUUAUACAUUUUGAAGAGAUCUGAAAGAACUGAUGAAGAUUUAAUAAAUCUUUCGAAGCGAAUGAUAUCUUCAAUGCAUUCUCGUCCAUAUGCUUCAACUAUUCUCGAACUUCCUCUUCUUCAGGAUUCGGCCGAAAGUAAAACAAAUAGUGAUGAUUCGGAUAGCGAUUAUUUUUGA